GUGCCGGCGAUAAAACGCUGCCGACUUAUCGCCAGUGGAAGCGCCGCCAAGUCGCCGCCAACAAUUUUUGGAGGUCUAGGCGUGGCCGGGGCCCUCCCGAUGGUGGACCUGGACUCUGAGGACGUGAUAGACUUGUCGGAUCUGGGGGAGGCUAUAUUCGGUAAUCCGGACAGCGAGACCACGGGCGUCCUGGUCGAUGCCCACGAUGAGCAGUCCCAACAGAAUCCCGAGGAGCUGGGAACCUACUACGAAGGCGACAUCCUCAUUCCUCUAAGUUAUCGCGAGGCGCGUUCCAACGGCACCCGCAACGGCAUCCUCGCGCAGAGCUUCCGCUGGCCGGGAGCCGUCGUGCCCUACGAGAUCAAGGGUCCCUUUACGACCCAAGAGCUGGGCAACAUUAACCACGCCUUCAAGGAGUACCACACCAGGACCUGCGUGCGCUUCAAGCCGCGCUCCACCGAAAAGGACUAUAUAUCAAUUGGAAGCGGAAAGUCGGGCUGCUGGAGCAGCAUUGGGCGACUGGGCGGACGCCAGGAGGUCAAUCUGCAGUCGCCCAACUGCCUCCGGACCUAUGGCACCCCCAUACACGAACUGAUGCAUGCCCUGGGCUUCUUUCACGAGCAGAAUCGCCACGAGCGGGACUCGUACGUCAAGGUGAUGAGCGACAACAUCAAGCCCGACAUGAUGGCCAAUUUCGAAAAGGCCAGUUCCAGGACCCAGUCGGGAUUUGGCGUGGACUACGAUUAUGGCAGCGUUAUGCACUAUUCGAGCACCAGCUUCACCCGGAACGGACAGCCAACGCUGAAGGCGCUGCGCCCCAGUUCCGCGGCCAGUCAGAUGGGACAGCGCAAGGGUUUUUCCGCUGGAGAUGUGCGCAAGAUCAAUGCCAUGUACAAGUGCAAGGUGUAACUGAUUGAAACGAUC